GUAAUCUUGUCGUUCCCAGCUAUCUUUCACGGAUUACUAUUACAAGAUCUAGAUCGAGUUCGAGAGGGUUGUAGAAGAUUAUUAUUUAUCUACUUCAUUUAACGGUAACAGCAAUACCAUUUUACCACUACAUUCUUGAGUUGCAGCCAUUCUAAGGGCUCAUUUCUCGGCAUUAACACAUAACAUAUUUAUUUAUUAUGUACUCUAUGAUCCAGAUUCAAAAGCAUCAACAAGUUAGUAACUACUGCACUAAGUUAAAUAAAUGAACCAAUACCGCCUUCUCGAAGAAAUAACGGCAUGAUUUUUAUCCACGGUCGGAACUAGUGGCAUGUCUGCUAGUGCGACCGAAAAAGAUGUUUAUCUUAGGGUAAAAAGUUGUAGUUGGGAAUAGUUGUUCCCUCGACUACUGCUUACCACGAACAAAAUGCCAGCAUUUGAUGCAGUCGUGGAACCUCCUCCCCAAGAACGGCAUACUGUGCCGUCUGGGUGGCGGCCGAAUGGUCUUCGACAAGCACAAGAUGACCUCGCGAACGUGCUGAAGAUUAGAAAAUCGAUCUGGAACCCGCUAAAAAAGCGUGCCCUGACCAUCAGUGAGCUGCACCGAGCGAAAGCAGAACUUGACAAAAGUAGUAACUUUUUCGUCUUACAUGAAGGUCGUGUUCCUCAUCUUCAAGAAGAACAAUGAGUACAAAAGCACGAGCACGACGUGGUGAGUUGAGUUAGUGGCUUGAUUAUAUUAAGCAGCCAUAAAAAAUAGGAACAUCCAUCUGAUGAGUUUUUAAGUAACCUCCUCCCAUAGGAGGAAGUUGGUAAUUCCCUUGUUUGUGUUAGAGGUGUGCUGCAAAUCUUGGCUGGGUUCUUCCUUUUUAUAAGGAUGGGGAUUAGGUCCAGCGAGGCUUAAAGCACUAAAGUAAAACAGCCGGUUGGUUUUCACCUCUAUCCCUCGGCUUAUCCCUUCAAACAGUGAAUCAAUUGACGAAGACGUUGCUACUUAGACUAGCUUCUACCUCUACUUCGAUCAUAUACAUAGCACUUGUUAUCCACCCCUUCAAUUGCAGGUGCACAGAGUGCAGCAUCAACAUAUUCGGAUGUGUUUUACACUGGUGGAAGAUCCUUUGGCCAGAGGUCGAAUACUAGGACUUCAUCAAUGUCAGAAAUCGAUCGUGGCCCGCAUCCGCAUGAGGGUAGCUCAUCUUCCGAAGCGGAACAGAAUCGUAACUACAAUCAUUAAGGCCCCUUUCGAGAGACCAUAAUCUUGUUCAGCCGCAUCGAUCCAUCCUGGGAGGUGCCUAUAUAAACGUGGGCGUUGUAGUAAGUUGCAACACCAUCAUGUAGAAUGAUCUACUCGAACAAAAGAUUGAUGCGGAUGAACAAGAUGGAGCAUAAUUAUUUUCGUCACAAGCUCUAUCUAAAAGCAUAUCCAGGCCGGUAUGAGUCAAACAAUGCAGGGUGGUUUUCUCUUACAGAGACCGAAUUCUCCAUCUGUGGUGGGUGGUCAGUCUCCUCUUGGCGAGACCAACAUGUCGUUGACCUGGGGCGCAACAACGACUUCGACAAUGUCGGCAAAGGAGAAGAAGAAAAAAUCCUUGAUGGAACAUAUGAAAGAAUUUGAGAAGACUAUGGCGAUUGAGGCUGCAAAUCGUGGACGGGGAGCUGCGAUUCGCACAGAUAAAAAACUUCUGCGGAAAUUCCUAGACUUCCUACAGCGCGGGAAUCUGGUAACGGAAGCCUUAGAAGAUGAUCAAAAAAAUCCGCCCUAUGCAGACCCAUGGAAGCUGCUCACACUUUACCAGCUCGCAACGCGCCACCUUAAAAAGAUUCAAAUUGCGGAAUGGUUUCAGGUAGAGGGUGUCCCUGAUGAUGUGGGCAUGACGUAGUUCUUGAUGAUUUUAUUCCGAUGAUAUUACAAGAAGACUUUGAUUGAUGAUGAAUCCACUUCUGAAAGACGAAGAUACAAAACUAAGGUGAAGUACUAGAUUGAUCACGCUCCUGAAAGACGAAGCUACUGCACGAAUGCGAAUCUGAUGUCUUCUUGUCUUUCAACAUCUACAUCAUCCUCAACAUUACAACCUGAACAAUACUCCGCCCACAGCGCAAAGACAUUGCUCAGUUUCUGGACUUUGAUGUGGAAGAACGAGGAGUUUUGCGCAAGCUUUAUCUGCAGUUAUGCCAGGCCACAAAAGAUGCACGCUUUGUGGCACAACUUAUUCAGGGUAGACGGCGGACCGGGAAGCUAACGACGGGAUUCAAGAUUAAGGCCAUUGAAAUGCUCUUGAGCUUGUUUUUGUUUCGUUGCUUAGCUUGCAUGCUGUAAAUGCUGGAUUGGAUACAGCGAAUGCUUGCUUUUAUGAAUGCAGGUGUCACUUGCAUCCGUAUCUCCACCGUCUUAUUCCUUUCACUAUCUGUCUCUGUGAUGAUCAUGAUAAGUAUGUACAUCAUCUUCCUCUAGCUCUAAGAAAGGUUUGCAAAGCGACACGGAGUCGUCGUCUUCGCCUUCUAGUCGCGGUAGCAGUCGACCCACGUCCCCAAGGGCCGAAGGUGAAUUGGACUCGAUUGCGUCAGAUGAGUUGCUGGAAAUGGAGCCUGAGGAUUUCGCUCCACCAGAAAUCCGCACUCUAGAUAAGGAGAAUCGACCUGAUGAAGCCGACCGCGUAUUGAGGCACACCCGCAACUUGUUCAAAUCGCGCAUGGGAACCGAAGAUUCGCCUGGGGGCAUAUUAUCUCCAUUCGGGUCCAACAUUAAGGCUGCUCUUCAUACUUUCUCUUUCUUGAGCUACUUGAGUGACUUGAGUGUAAGAUGGUGCUGAUAUCUUGCACUUCCUUUCUUCUGUAGUAAGUGUUCUUUACUCAUCUGCUAUAGAACUUUGACUUACGACGGGUUCCGAACUACGUCUAAUAUCCUCAAUUCUCUGGUGCAUUUUGCCGACGCUGAUGCGACCGACACGCUGUUGUAUAACCCUGCCGUCGCGACGAUAACAGAAACGGUCGAGAAGAGCCGCCGGCGGUUAUAUCAGUGCUUGACCCCGCGCACACGAAAGGAGGUUCGGGCCGAAGAAAAAAAGGAUAAUGUUGAUGCCUCGACUCUGAAGUUAUUCGCGGAUUGUGCCCAAAAAUGCUACCGGCUGAGUCAGCAAGGCGGUCGUUGUGUGUCGACCCUCCAGAACAGGCAUUUGCUCGACGCGAAUGGCGGUAUUUACGUGACUGCAGACGCAGACGAGCUAGUAAAAGCGAUGGAGGACGGCGAGAUCUCAGCAACCGAGGCCGAACGCGUUCAUUACGAAGCUCAGAUGUUCGACCUUGUCACACGGAGUGCAGCAAAAAACGCAGUCAGACGACUCCCACGAAGUUAUCCGAGACAGCAAUUCGACGAACCUCAAUUGCCUAUCGAAGUUCUCGUGAAUCUCUGCUUCAAGUACUAUAAGUAGAUAUUUUUCCAUUUUUUCCACUUAUUGCUGCAGCUGUGAGAUGCAGUUUUUAUGUAAAAAGAAGUCAACGUGAAAAGGAUCAUCAGUGGUCAUCUGCUUGUCCUCAGUCUUAUUUCACUGUAUAAGUACUAUCAAUUUCCACUACUUGCUACAAACAACUACUCCAGGUUUGGCCUUUGCGAAGAGCGGUUUGAAGCGCGGCGUUUUAUCAACGAGUAUCUGGAAAAGCAUAAUAGGUUUCUCGAGGUCUUUCCGGACAUCAAGCGUACUGAGAUUUCCGGCUUUGCGGAGUUCAAGGAGAGGAUGGCGAAUCUGUUGAAAGCGCGAAAGGCCCUCUCCUUCGAAGACUUUUUGAACGUUCUCUGCUGGAAUUCCAAGACGAAUCCGCGAUUCGGAAACGACUUGCGAGGACUGCUCAAAGACCAAUACGAAAGAAGGUACAGUAAGGAGAAGCUUGUUUGGUUUUUAGGAUGCUGCACCCUUCUGCAAAUAAGAGAGACACCGCGAUGGAGGCUAGACGAGAAGAGACGACAAAAUAUUCAUCACGAACAAGAUCAACACUUUCAUCUACGCACAAACCCAUUUUACUCGCUAUGAUAACUUACAUCAUAAUCUACGUAUCACACCAGGCAAGGGCAGCUCGAGGUUCGUGGAGCACUGAUAGGUGACCGGUACAAACUUUUUCGGGAUGUCUUUGAUACGGUGCCAUCUGUGGCGAAUACCGUUGAGAAUAUCAAGACUGAGCUGCUCAUAGACACAAUAAUAAGUGACAUGGAGCUGAAGCAGAGGAGGCGACCACAAACAAAGAAAAUCGAUAGUCGUAGUGGCACGCCAGGGACGCCAAAUACGCUCGCUGCAUUAUGCUUGAGCUCAUAUUAGACGCAUGUUGAAAUUGAAUGUUGAUGUUGAAGACAUACUGAUUUUUAUCUACGUGGGUGUUCUUUCUGCCUCUGAUGCCUAAGCCUAUUUAUAUUUAUAUGUACUACAACAACGGCCACGGACACGGAGGGACGAGGCCCCCGCUCCUCCCCUGUUAUGUAAAUUCUGGCUUUUCCCUGUCGCUUACUGCUGAGUCAUUAGUUCUGACCACUUAAUUUUACUUCUAGUACUCCUACUCCUUAUUUUUCUCCUACCAGGAAGAGAAAAAGGAAGAAGUUUGCACCUCGUGCUCGUCCUCGGGAUAUCAAUAUCUGUUUCUAACGAUUGGCAAGAGCAAGAAGUCGGCUGGUGGCGUUGUUGCGUGGAAGACACCGGGUAAAGACGGGGGCAAAGGAGGAAAAGGAAAGGGUAAAAACAAAAAAGAUGGAAAGAGCGCGAAAAAGAUGAAAGAUGGAAAUAAGAGUCCGAAAAAAGAGGCAGAGGAGCCUCCGAAACAGGUAUUUCCCCUUUCUUGGUAGAAGUCAGUGUCGUAGUUGUUGCUUGUUCUUUUUCUAUUUUGUUGGAUUAUGGCAGAAUUGAUAUGUUACAGUAUGCGACAAGAUUGGUUUUAUUUUCCUCUCGGUCUCGGCUUGCUUUUUCUAUGAAAUAAUUUGUUUGAUUUUAUUUUUGUCGCUGUAGUUGGUGUUCUGCAGGGAAGAACGAAUAACCUGAAUUUGGGAAUUAAUGAGCGUCCUCGAAAGAAUGAUUUAGAUUUAUUUACAAAAAUUCCGCUCCUCACUCGACCAGCAGGUAAAGACCAUGCGGCCUCUUCAGCCGCAGGAGAAUGUUGAGCAGAAGGUUUCGCUGAAAAUCUUCGGGAAGUUGAAGAGCUGGGCGCACAAGAAGAACGUCGGUUCGAGUUGGGACGAUGAGCCAGAGGUGGAAGAGGAAGAGCUCGAACCGUUCGAGGAAAGUCGUAAGAAUGCUCGUUUUGCGUUGGGCCGAAAAAUACGAGACAACAUGGAGGAAAUCUCGAACAACGCGGACGCACGCAAACUCUCUCUGAGACAGAGAUGGCGCAUGGAAAUCCGGGACAUGGAUAUCGUCACAAUGAAGCGCGACAAGGGUGCAGAUGCGCUGGAGUCUAUAGAUGAUAUUCGCCGCCACGUCCAACAAGGGCGCUUUUUCGUUGGUUAAAUAAAUAUGUAGAUAAGGAUAGGCAAUUCGGAAUAGUAAUAUAUUUGCAUGUGCUUUACGUUCACAUAGCCAUAGUCUAAGAUCAUUCAUAUUUAUAGUACUUAGGAUAACACGACAUAUGUUUAAGUUUACGUUUCAGUCUAUCAAACUACAUACAAGGCAAGCAAUUCAAAUACUUAAGUUGAUUUCUCGUCAUAAUGCACGACAAUGAGCAUGAGGUUCAAUCAAGUGAAAGUACUGUCGUCACCAUACAUACAUGCAAUAGGUAGUUUUUUCGUUUUCGCAUAGCAAUGCUUACUACACAUCAUUGUACACUCAUUGAUUUAUCUUUGGAAUGCCUCCAGUUGUUGAACUGUCUUGUUGAGAGCAAAACAAAUGUACUCUGUAGUCUGUACUAGAUGAUUUGAACAAUGAAUUAUUUAUUUCGGUAGAGCUACUUGUAGACGUGGAUGAACCUCGAUUUGCUUUCCAAGAAAUUAAAGAUCACAGAGAUGCUAGUAUCCUGUGUACGUCAGAUAAUGAAAUUCAUCGACAUUCUACGUUGCAGGAGAGAGCAUCUUUCAAAUUUACCCUCUACAUUCCGAUCGUGUCCGUCUAUAGAAAGGGACAUGUCGGCUGUAGCAUAGGCAUGAAUAGUUGUUUCCGACACAUUAUCUGGUGAAGAUACAUAAGUAGUACAAUCAUGACGCAGAAACAGAACAAUCAUAAUGAAGAGGCGGAUCAGACCACUCAUUUCUCUCGAAAAUACUCGCGAAUGAAAUUCAUAUUGUAAAGAUGAACAAAUUGUGAAGAAGUUGAAAAGUAGUAGACG